GCUUCUCCAAGAGCUUUCCUUUCUUCCUUGAUACCCCUCUUAGACACAAACAACUCAAACACUCAAGCUCGAGAUUGGAUCGAUAGAAACUUUUUAGUAAGUCACAAAUCCUCCGCACAUCUAUUAUAGAAAGACUGACUUGCAAGAGAGCUCAUUCUAAGAAGUUCUCCCAGAACUUGAAGAAGUCACCAGAAAUCCCUUGUACCUAGCAAAGCAUCUGCAAGAAUCUGCAACCUUCGUAAUGGAGAACACAUCCCCACAGCCAACUAAGACUGGUCUUAAAGAUUUCAACGUCGCUUCGUCUGUCGAAUCCUCAUUCUCACCUUACCAACUCUAUUACAUUCGUUUUUAUUCUCCGACUACAAAUCCUCGUACCCCAUCAUCCUAUGCUAUUGGUUACCGUCCAAGAUGGGGCAGUGGUCCCGUCGACUCAUCUACCACAAUCUACAUCGGAUGUGCACCUGGUACUGCCGGUAGAAUUGAGGGAAAACCAUAUAGAAAAACAAACAUCGCGGCAGAGAAAAGAGCAAGACAGGCACAAAGAGCAGACGUACAUUGGCUGGGAGAAAUCAAUGAUGUAGACAAGGUGGUGGCAUACAUGGGGAGGGUGAGCUGGGUUAAUGGCACGAAUGUUGGUAAGGCGCAAAAGCUAUGGUGUCAGAGAGUUGCUUCAUUGAUCAAUUGGGAUUGGAGAUGGGUUGUUGCUGGAUGGGUUGUAUUGCCAAAAGAUGAGGAGAUGGCUAGGAGGGUUUGGACUUUGGGAAGUUGAGGUAUUGCUGAUGCGUAUGAAAUGCUUGAUGGAGCUCAUAGUCGGUGUUUUGGCGAAUUGAUGACGGCAGUACUACUACCAAUCAAUUUCCGAAGACUGAACUUUUUGAUAGCUUCCUGAACUAGAGAGCUCGAGAUAGAUUCUACCAUGAAUGCAAAGCGUUGAUUUUACUAUAGUCAAACAACUACGUGAUGAACUCAUGAAUCUUGAUCUCGGAAUAGCUUCAA